AUGGUCGAAGGGGGUUAUGGCGUGUCGAUGGCCACGAACACCGCUCUGGCUGGGUCUCUUUAUCCACGCAUUCGGCCAGGAGCGCGUGCCUCGACACAGCGUGCUUCGUCUACGCCACCCACACCGUCGCCUCCACUCAGUGUACCAUGGUUCAUGGAAGAGCAGGUCAUGGAGGCGCCAGCGGAAAACGUUGCCCCCACGCCGUCGGAAUCGCUUCCACCGAUUGCAUGGUUCCCGCCAUACCUGCCUGCCACCACCGAUAUCCCUGAGGCCGUAGCGACGAUGCUUGAUAUGUGCCUCACAGGUUCACUCAGUGCGCUCGUUGCACGACCUGCUGCCACCGAGGACGUUGACAUUGACGAUUGGUCGGAAAGAAUUCGUGGCUCACCGAUCUGUGUGAUUCGACCGAUGAACCGCUCAGAAACUGUGGGCGAACAUGGCCAAGAUUGGAUUGUGAUUGUCCAGGUACGCGGCGCUGGUGUAGGUACAGUGCGUCGCGUAGCCACAGAGUUGGGACAUUAUCUCAAACAUACGGCCCCGCCGUCGUCCGCCAACGAGGAGUCUGUCACAUUGGAUGCCAUUCUGGGCCCCGCGCAAGUCGUCGCGGAAGACGAAACUGAGACUACGGAGUCUACACGAAGUGCUCGGCCAGCGGGCGUUUCACGCAUUGAGCAUGAGCUGGGCCAACGCUUGCCUGCCUGGCAGAUCCAAAAAAUUGCGUUGGAACGUAAAUUUCCAGAUGGAUGGUCGCCUAUGACCAAGCUGUCACACGAGGCGCAGCACGGUAUGCGCUUGCUCCAUGAAGCGGAUCCAGACCGUUUCACAAUUCCCGUGCUAAGCAAGCGUUUCCGAAUCAGCCCUGAAAGUGUGCGGCGUAUUCUUCGCAGUCGAUGGCGCCCUACGCCUGAACAAGCACAGCGUCAGAACGAGCGCGCCAAAGCCGCCGAGUUGGCCCGUCGAGAUGCCCAUACACGUGAGGCAGAAGAGAUGGCGGCGUUGCGAGAGGGCAUUCCUCUGGAAGCGCCACGCCAAGCUACGGCCUCUGUCACGGCCAGCACGCAUCAGCAGCCUGUGCGCUUCGAAGGAUUGGUGUCAAGCGUCGAUUUGUCGGAUACCCGGAAACGCCAGAAAGGCAUCGCAUCUCGAGGCAGCGGCGAUUGGUGUCUGAUUGAUGCCGAAUGGUGUGUUGUGCAUGUGAUGACGGAGGCUGCACGAGAGCGAAUCCGCUUGGAGGAGAUUUGGCGGCAUAAUGGCGCACCGGCCAAGUCGUAA